AUGCUUGAAAAUCGAGUAUUAUGUACCAAACGAAAGUUUGAUACAACUUUUUCUUUUUUUUGCUGCUACUUAAAAAAAAAUAAUAAGCUAAAAUUUUCUUAUUUUUCAACUCAGAAAACAUUAAUUUACGAACAUAUUGGUGAAAAUGAUUUUUUAUUAAAAAAAAAUAAUUCCAUUUAUUCCCUUGUCAAUUAUAAUUAUGUUAAUAAUAAAAUUCGCGAAAUAAAUUCUUAUUUAAAAAAUAAUGAAAAUGUUGAUAAAAUAAUUGAAAAUUUAUAUAUUUUAUGUGUAAAAGGAAAUAUAGGCCUAUGUGACGAAAGAAUAAAAUAUUAUGUUAAUUUUAUAUUAAGUUACAUAAAUGAAUAUAUAAAUGAAUCAAAAGAUAGUUCAAUUACUAUAGAUAAAUUUAAUAACCAACAAAAAUGUUUUAUAAACAUUAGUAGUUAUUUGUUGUUCUUAAAUAUUUUAAAAGUGUUAAAUAUAAAAACUGAUUUCGAUCGUUUAUUGAAAUAUGUAAGUCAAAAUAUUCACUUUUUUUCUAUUGACGUUGUUAGAAAAAUUGCUUUUAAUCAUGACUUAAAAAAAAAUCAUGAUUUUUUUUUUAAAGAAGUGUUAAAUUAUAUUUACACAUUAAUCCAAUAUAACAAUGAAUUAUACUUUCAAGAAAUAAAAAAUAUAAAUAUAUGUAUUAAUAUUUGUACAAAUUUUUUUUUUGGUAAAAAAUAUAUUGAGGAAAAAAAUAUGUAUGAUUAUGAAUUUAACGACGAUAUAAUUUAUUUAUAUAACAUGAAUUAUAUUUAUAUAAAUCACAUUGCUAUAUUUUGCAAUUUAAUACAUGCUAAAAAUACAAUUUAUGAUAAGAAAAAAUGUUAUAAAAGUGAAGAAUAUGCAUCAGAAAAGAAUGAAAAAGAAAAAUCAUCAAAAUAUGGAAUUACAGAAGCUUCUGCAUAUAUUUAUUCUAAUAAUCAGAAAAGUAUUAACGAAAAUUCUAAUUUAAUUCAAGAUAAUAAUAGAAAAGAAACUGUUCAUUCACACAAUGAAAAGAAAUUGAAUAAAAAUAUAAAUGUAAAAUAUGAUGUUGAAAGUAACAUUGAUAAGACAAAUUUAAAAGGUGAAAAUACUAAGGAUAAUUUUAUUAAUAUAAUAUCAAGUAGUGAUGAAAAUAUAAAAGAAUACAAUAUGGAAACUUACGAUUUAGGAAAAUUAGAAAGUUAUGUAAUGAAUAUAAAUGAUUUUUAUUUUAAUUAUUAUAUGAUAGAUACAAUAUAUACUCUUUUUAAUUAUUACACGAAUUUAUCUAAAAAAAAAAAGAUAAAUAAGGAACUUUUAUUUUUUUUUAUACCUGAUGUAAAGAAUUAUAUUAAGAAUAUUAUUUUGAAUUUUAUUGUUAAUAUAAAUAGUAAUUUAUAUAGAAACAAAAUGUUAAAAAGUAAGAGAAUAAUAGCAUCAAUAGAAAGAAUAUUAAAAUUAGGUAAUUCAUUUGAAAUACCUUUUAAAUUAGAACAAUUUGUAUUACACUACUGCAAUAUAUUACUAGUAAAUAAAUUAGAUUUAUCAUUAAUAGAUAAUAUUAAAAUAUUAAGUAUUUUUAAAGAAAUAAAAAAAAUAAGUGAAAAAAAAAAUUUGGAAAAUACACCAGAACAAAAAAUUAAAAAUAAAAAUAUUAAUGAUCAUCCGUUAAAUAAAUUAGAAAAUGGAGUAAUAGAAGAAAAAAAAGAUUUAAAAUUGUCUCUCUUUAGCUUAAACUUUAAAUUAAAUUUUACUAAUAUUGAUUACCAUUGUUAUAGUUUAUAUAGUUAUUUUGAUAACAUGAUUAAGUUAGUUUGUAACAAUUUAAAAAAUUGUUUACAUAACUCUAAAGGUACGGAUAUUUGUUUGCUUAUUCCUUUAGUUUACGAAUUUUAUAAAUAUAUUGAUGAAGAAUUAAAAAAUAUAUUAAUAGUUCAGAUAACUUGUAAUAAAGAGGAUAUAAAUGAAAACAAUCUUAUAAAUAUCAUUCGAGUAUUUUCUAAGGUGAACUAUAAGAAUGAACUGCUUGAAAAGUUUAUAUAUAAAAAUGUUAAAUUUUUUUCAAAUGGAAAAGAUGAAUGGGGAAUCAAGAAAAUAAAUACUUUUUUUUCUUCUCCAAAAUUGUUUUUUUUAUUUUUUUAUUAUAAAAGCAAAAAUAAUUUAUUUACCUAUAAAGAUAUUUAUUAUAUAGAAAAUUAUAUACAAAAUCACUUUUUUGAAAUGAAUAUAAAAGAUUUUAUUAACAUUUUAUUAAUUUAUUAUAAAAAUAAAACUUUUUUAUUGCCAGAAUUAUUAAUUAAAAUAGGUGUUAUUUUUAAUAACGCCAAAAAAUCUAUAAGUAAAAACGAAUUAUUAUUUUGUUUAUUUUUACUUUCAAAAAAUUAUUAUUAUUUGUCAAGAGAAAAUUAUGAAAUGGAAAAAGAUAUAAAUUUACACAAAAAAAUUAAUAUAUUUAGAAAAGUCCAAUAUAAUCAACAACAAAUCAACGAAUUUAUAAAUAUAAUUAAUGAUAUUUUAUUUUUUGUCUAUGAAGAAAAAAAAAUAAAUUAUCAUCCUGAACAGAUAAAAUAUGUUGAAGAAAAAAUAAACAAAAAUUUAUCCGAAAACGAAAUAAAAAAAGAAAAAGAAAAUAAUAAAAAAGAUCAUGAAGGAACAAAUAUACUCCAAGACAGUAGUCUAAUAAAUGAAAAAAUAAAUAAUUCUAAAAUAAAUUUUAACGAAUUAAAAACAAAUUUUAUAAUGAUGAAAAUACUUCAUAAUUUAUAUUAUUCUUUUUUUUCAGUUUGUAAAAAAAAAGAAAUUUUGAAUAAUCAUCAUGAUAAAUUACUAUCUCAUUUAUUUUUAUGUUUUAAUAAUAAUUACACAAAAAAUAUAGAAGAAAUUAAAUAUGUUCCUCCUUUAUUAUUUUAUUUCAGCUAUUUUAAUAAAGCUUCUCCCUUUUAUUUUGAAAAGCAAAUAUUAUAUAUAUUAAAGAAUUAUGUAAUUGAUGAUAAAAUAAUUAAAUAUAUAUUAUUAAGUCAUGUAUUUAUUAAGAAGAAAAUUCCUGAUGAAGUAAAAAAGUGCAUAAAGGAAUAUGUAGCAAAAAAUUUUGAAAGCUUUAAUAGUAAUCUUCAAAUAUUAUGCUUUAAAUUCUGUAAUCAUUUUUUAAAUAUAAAAAACGAAGAGAAUACAAAUGAAAUAAAUGACAUUUCUUUGUUCAAUCAUAUAUUAAAUUAUUUACUAUUAAAUUUAGAAAAGAUGAAACCAUAUCAUUAUUUAACUAUAUAUUUUACCAUUUGCAAUAAUUUUGUUAAAAAAAAAAAGCAUUAUAUUCAAUUGUUUUAUUAUAUGAACAAAUUUGCUUCCCAUUAUAAUAAUGAACAGUUAUUUCUAAUACUUUUUUAUAUGUAUAAAACAGGAUAUAGUAAACCAAAAAUAAGAAAAAAAAUAAGAAAUUUAAUUUUAUUUCGUUACAAAAAAAGAUUAAUUAAUUUAAGUACAUUCAUAAAAUAUAUAUUACCACUUGAUGAGUUCGGUAUAUAUCAUCUCUUCCCAAUUAAAUUUCAGAAUAUUAUAUAUAAUCAAUUAACAGAAGAAGUGAAAUCUUGUGUUAGACAACCUCUAGAAGAUGAUGUGAUGAAAGAGAUAAGAAAUGAAGAAAAAGACGAUAAAAUUGAAAUAAGUGAAAAACAAGAAGAUGCACCUAUAUAUAUUUUUGAACAAAUGGUUAAAAAUUAUUAA